CUGGCCGCCGCCCCGCCCCGCGCCGCGAACCCAAACACCGGGCUCCCACUGCGCGCGGCCGCGCGUGAUCGCCGGCGCAGCGGAGCCCUAAGCGCCUGUGCCUGCGCCGCCCGCCCCAGGCCCCGGCCUCGGCCGAGCGAUGCUGCUGCUGGCGGCCGCCUUCCUCGUGGCGUUCGUGCUGCUGCUCUACAUGGUGUCUCCGCUCAUCAGCCCCAAGCCCCUCGCCCUGCCCGGGGCGCAUGUGGUGGUUACAGGAGGCUCCAGUGGCAUCGGAAAGUGCAUUGCUAUCGAGUGCUAUAAACAAGGAGCUUUUAUAACUCUGGUUGCACGAAAUGAGGACAAACUGUUGCAGGCAAAGAAAGAAAUCGAAAAACACUCUAUUAAUGAUAAACAGGUGGUGCUUUGUAUAUCAGUUGAUGUAUCUCAAGACUAUAGCCAAGUAGAGAAUGUCAUAAAACAAGCACAGGAGAAACUGGGCCCAGUGGACAUGCUUGUAAACUGUGCAGGAAUGUCACUUGCAGGAAAAUUUGAAGAUCUUGAAGUUAGUACUUUUGAAAGAUUAAUGAGCGUCAACUACCUGGGCAGCGUGUACCCCAGCCGAGCGGUGAUCACCACCAUGAAGGAGCGCCGCGUGGGCAGGGUGGUCUUCGUGUCCUCCCAGGCGGGGCAGUUAGGCCUAUUUGGUUUCACAGCCUACUCUCCGUCCAAGUUUGCCAUCAGGGGAUUGGCGGAAGCUUUGCAGAUGGAGGUGAAGCCCUAUAAUGUUUAUGUCACAGUUGCCUACCCACCAGACACAGACACCCCCGGGUUUGCAGAAGAAAACAAAACCAAGCCUUUGGAGACUCGUCUUAUUUCAGAGACCACAUCUGUUUGCAAACCAGAACAAGUGGCCAAACAAAUUGUUAAAGAUGCCAUACAAGGAAAUUUCAACAGUUCCAUCGGCUCAGAUGGGUACAUGCUCUCAUCUCUGACCUGUGGAAUGGCUCCGGUAACUUCCAUCACUGAAGGGCUCCAGCAGGUAGUCACCAUGGGCCUCUUCCGUACGAUUGCUUUGUUUUACCUUGGAAGCUUCGACAGUAUAGUUCGUCGCUGCAUGAUGCAGAGAGCGAAAUCUGAAAUUGCAGACAAAACUGCCUAAUUCUUAUCCCUUGGAAAAAGACUUUCUAAAUAAUUUGACCAGCUUGCUGCUAAACAGGACGCAGUUUUUGGCCUGCAGACAUUCAUGUCUUGCUUUCGAAUCUGUGAGAUUGGACCAGUGCUCUUCAGAAACCUGGCUGCAAGCAGGGGGAUAGACGUUCAACUCCAGAGAAUAUUAUUAAUACUAUGCAAAUUCGGAGCAGGAGACCACUUGAUUCUCCGAGGCGGAGAAGUGAUGGUAAGGGAAUUCAUAGCGUGUGAGCAGGGUAAAGGAUAGGAUUCCAGAGUGAUCACUGAAAUUUUUUUUCUAUUUAUUCUUUUUUUCCCCGGUAGAGAUCAAGUCCAGAAAUGUACUUUCCAAGCACUUUUUUAACCUUUCAUGAGAGGCAGUUUGUGGGUUUCUGGGGCCUUUUUUUUUUCUUUUUUCUUUUUUUCUUUUUAACUUGGUGUAUUUUAUUCCAGAUGCAUUUUAUACAUUGCCACUGUGUCUGAGUGCAUAGUAACGUCCCUCAUUUACUCUGUUGCUGGUGGACUCUCGUGGCUUCUUUCUCUUUGAUCCCAUAAAACUACAAGGGGGAUGGGAGAGGACAAUGCAGUGGAACAAAGGAGAUAAAUAUUUUCCAGUCGGAAAAAAUAAUGCUUUCUUGUCUUCUUUAGACUCAAAUGCUUAGGGCACUGUGCAUUUUUUGUUCACCGGGAAAGGCAGGCUCCUAAAAUGUUUUCUGAAGAGAAGUCAACUCUUAGAAGCUUAAAAGUUUACAAUUUCUUCAGUAGCCAUGAUGACCUGAAGCUCACCCAUUCCAUUGUAGCGUCUUAUUCUUCCCAUGUCUUCCUUUCCAAUUUUGCUUAUACUGCUAUAAUAUUUUUGUAAAAAAAAAGAGAAGACCAGUUUUUUUUGACUUGACUUUUUAAAUUAAUGAAUGAAUUUAUUAAAGCAAAUGAAAAAUUAGAAAGCGUGACCUUCAUCUCCUCGUAGCAUAUAUGUAGCUUUUAAGAAAGGCUGAUGAUAGCAUGUUUCAGUUUUAUUCAUUAAGAAAAAAAAUGUAGGACGACAAGGCCGAUGUUGAAGAUACCGUUUUUGAAAUAAAAUGACCACCCUGUUCUUUCUGUGACUCUCCCACUGACCCUGAGGACAUCCUCUUUGUACCACAUGUUAAGAAAGCCCAGCCAUCACUCUCACUGUAGAGCCCUGGAAAUCCUGUUGGUCCCCUGAGUGUUGUUUCGAGAUGCCAGGCUCCGUUGUCCAUUGGUUGGAUUUCCACAGCAAGUGCCUCUGAUGAGUUUUAGCCACCGCUACCUGCUUCGCUCUGUCAUUGUAUGUGUUCCUCCGACUUGAGGGCAGUCAUCUCCAUUGUAACGCUGUGUCCCCUCCCCUUUGCCUACACAGUAAGUUUAUACAUUACCACCUUCCAGUUCCUUUUGGUGAGAAAAGACCACAGCUGUUGAAGAAGAAACUUUUUUUUAUUGUUUAAAAAAACACACAAAAGACUGUUUUGGUAACAAUACAAAACAAUACAAUUCUACAAAAGAUUAAAGACCUCAAAAUUAUAGCAAAUCUUUUUUGCUUUUGAGUUUUUGAACUCUUGACUUUAAAAUGACUUAAUUUUUACAAAGUAAGAUGUCUAAUGGCUUUCAUCCAUGGUGUCUUUUUAAAAGACAUGAGAAUGGCGCAUUUUCAAACACUGACAAAGACAGAAGAAAUUAUUAUUUAAUAUAUAAGUUGCUUGGGAUGACUUCAUUGCAGUUUAUGGGAGUGGUUUGAACCCAUAAUGGUUUCAUGAAUCUUUCAGCCUUAGAGAGCCAUCGUCUGCAAAGUUGAGUCAUAUCGGGCAGCCUCUAAAAGGGAGUAAAGGCUGUGUUUUCCUAAUUCACGGAUACAAAUUAAUAGCUGGGUGCUUCUCAAUUUCAUUCUUUUCUCAUAAAUGUUUCUUGAAUGUUGGCACCUUCUACUGAAGGUCUAUAUUAAAACCUAGUCCCAGGUGAUGCCUCAUUUAAUAAAAUUAACUAUUUUGCAGUAGUUAUUUCAAUAUACGUUUCUCAAGGUAUCCUCAGAGAGAGCACUGUAACUCCAGGUCAUCUACUGCCUGAACAAAUUUACAAGCCCCUGUUCCACGGCGGGGAGAUAUCCCCAACCCAAAUGAAGCUCAGGCAGGAGAGCAGAUUUGUGGAGGUUAUCGUAUCAGGGAAUGGGCUUCUUUGUCAGAGAUGGCAAAGGUCUACAUUCUUGUACCCCAAAAGCUUUGAAAACUGAGGUGUUCCUUUUUUUCUUCCUAAAUUUGGUGCCGUAAUUCAUUUGAUAGCAAAACCCGACUUGAACUGACUUGAGCUUAUUAUGGUUUUUACUUAUGCCACUCCAUGGGCUGUUUAUUAAUUUUGUCUGAAGAAAUACCAAUGGGUUUGACUUACAGGGAUUGCCCCAGACUCUGUGGAGAUGUUUUGUAAUAUCCAGUAUAUGCCCCAUAUUACCUUUUUAAAUGCAAAAAAAAAAAAAGGAUGAAUUCUGAAACACAUCUGGCCUGAAGGGGUUUGGAUGAGGGAUUGUAGACACUUCAGCAGCAUCACAUAACGAUCUGGCUUUAUCCAAAACAUGAAAAUAUUACAAGGCAAAUUCUAUUUUUUAUCUUUUUUGGUUCAAUUCUUGUACAACCUUUUUUUAUACUGACUUGCUUUUUUGCUCAGGGGAAGAAGAGAAAGCCUGAGUCAGAUUGUUAGGGAAACUAUUGGCUUUUUUUUUUUUUUUUUUAAGGAUUGCAUUGAUUCAACACUUUCUAUUGUACCCAGAAGUGGGUAUGUCUUACUUGUAGCAGAAGAAGUUCAAUCAUAAUUCUUUUGAAAUGUGGGUUCUCUGUAUGUGAGACAUAGGUUAUUAUGUGAGUUUCAGUUCCAAGUGUCUGCCUUUGCUAGGUUGGGGUGUACUGUUUUAUUAUAAUGUAUUUGUGAGUAUAUUUAUUUUAAAAUGCUUAACAUUAUUCAGCCUUAGAAAUUCCAAAAUAUGUUCAAGGACCCUCUAUCAUUGAAAAAGGUAUAAAAACAAUUCUCAUUUAUUUUUACAAAAACAAAGUCAAGAGAGUUGUUCUUUAUAUUUUAAAAUUUAAUUUUCACACCUGAAAGGAGAAGAAAUUAAAAAUGCUGUUAGUGAUGGCCCCUUUAUACGAACACAUAUAUGUUUAAUUAUGUCUCUAUUUGGAUCUGUUAAACCAUAUAUUGUUGAUUCUUAGAAGUAAAAAUUUGAGAGACCAUUUCUAAUAUUUAGAUGACAAGAGCAUUUUGAUCAUAGUUGCUUAGAUGCAAAGAAUUGUAUGUCUUUGUCUUUCUAGAAGAAGUCAAUACCGUAAUUUUUUUUCUUACUGAAUUGUAUCAUCAACAGAUUUCAUUUUAUUAUAUCAUAUUCCAAUUUAAACGUGUCUUAACUCACUUGAGGAUACUUAAAAGGUUCAUACUUUUGACAUAAAAUGUUUUGAAUCUUUCUCAUUUCCUUAUCUUCUUAGUGACUCAGCUUUGAAAAAAUACCUACUAACCAUAACCUUCCGUAUUCUGGACUAAAUCUUGUUUAGUUCAGACCAGUGAUGGCAGAUUUGGUAUUUUGAAGAGGAGAUAAUAGCUAUUAUAUUUUACACUUGCUUGAUGUGACAACUCUAAAGACAUUUUUCAACUGAUAAGAGUGCAUAUGGCUAUUUUGAUAUAUAUUAGAACCUGUGUUUGCUACUUUAGAAGCUUUUGUGGCAGAAUUGUAACCUGAUUUUCAUAUCUUGUAUUUCUGAAUCACAACAAGAAAUAAAUGGGGAACACGC